UUUGAAGACACUGUUGACGCGUCACUCGAAGUCUCAGCGCGCCAAGCAAAACGUUCUAUCAACACAGACGGAUACGAAUCUGAUAGUACGGAUGAUGGAGAAUGCGUGGUAAUGAGUCGUAGGAGUGGUGCGAACGAGAUGGGUGAUGAAGACGAUGAUAUGUUCGCUCCUUCUGGCUCUGCCGGGAAGGAGGGAACGAAGAACGAGGCGGCGGAUGACGAUGACGAUGACGAUGAGGAAUACGGUGGAGGGAGUAAGAAAGAGAAGGUGCUAGAGUUGGGAGAUAUUGAGGGGCAGGAGUUUGGAGAGGCUGGAGGGGGGCAAAGCGACAAUGAGGACGACGACGACGAGCCUGUUGACGAGGACGAGGCAGAACGACGUGCCAAAAAGGGCAUGGGCUUCGAGCUCACAGGUUUCAACAUGAAGGAAGAAAUGGAAGAAGGAAAAUUUGUGGAUGACGGGACGUUCGUACGCUCUCGAGAUCCGCACGAGAUGCAUGAUCGUUGGCUCGAGGGGACGAGCGAACGAGAUAUGAAGCGUGCGAGGAAAGCGCAUGAAAAGAGGGAAAAAGAAGAGAGAGAACGAGAAGCAAGGGAGAUGAGAGAGCAGCAGCGAAAGGGGAAGGAAGAAUACGAGCUGGAGUUAGUGCAGCUGAUGAGGAGGGGAGAGUCGGUCAUGGAGACGCUGCAGCGGUUAGGCGCAGAGGCGAAGAAAGCUGGAGGGCAAAAGCACAAAGCGAAGCGGAAGCCCGCUGGGAUCGCCGCUGCAAGCAUGGAUAUCGACGGCGACACUGAGCCUUCUACAACACCUAUCGAGCGAGUAACAGCGCUUGCCUCCACGCUGAUGGAACUGGGGAAUAUGGACGUGUACGACGACACCUACGAGCAGCUCCUACGUUCUGUUCGACGGUCUGGACUCGUCUCCCAGAACUGGGUACCGCCCUCACAGACUCCUCCUCGAAAGGCCUCGCCGCCACUAGACAACACGCAAUAUGAAUAUCGUUGGUCACCAGACUAUCUCGCCGUCGCUGGCGGCUCCGUAGAAGGUCCCCAGACGUUCGGCCCGUUUCAAAAGCGUGAUCUAGAUGCCUGGCGGUCGGCGGGGUAUUUUGGUGGAUAUGAGAAUUGUGAAAGGGUGCAAGUUCGUGGGGUUGGGGACAGCGAAUGGAAGAGCUGGAACGCGGUCUUC